AUGAUAGGAAUAAGGUACCUGCGCAUACCUACCUACUAUGUAGAGAAUAGCAGGGCAGGCAGAGACGUCUUCCACCUGCCAGUGCCACCUGCCCAGCGUGCCACCGUGCCUCUUGCCUCGCACUUGGGGAAGAAGCGCCCCCGGUUCUGGCUUCCCUUGAUUGGCAAAAGUGGGGACUGGGUUCCAUCUGCGCUGCCGUUUUUGGGACUGGCUUCUUUCCUUUUCACAAAAAAACACUCCACCAGCGGGAAUCUCCAUGUCAUUUUUACUCGUUUGUUAUUGGUUGAUCUGGGCUCCGUGCUCCUGGGCCUGCCCUGGUCACCCUGGUGUCGAAGACGCUUGAAGCGGGAGGCAGGUCCCACUUGUGCCGUUCACAGUUUAGUGCCCAUCUGCACAAAGUACGUAUCCCCUCACUCAAUUCAUCCUCCAAUGCUCAGGUCCACCAACUUGGAAGGAAGUCUUGUAGUCCUGCUGCUGCCAUCCAUGCGCAUCUCGCAGCUGUAUGUCUAUCAGUCUCUCAAUCUUUCGCAGCAAUUCUCAUCACUCAUUGUCAUGAUUGCACAGUACUUUGCCUUGUGGAGGUCAUCAUUCUCUGCGCGUGUUUGCGCUGUGUUUCCCCUCAUUUCGCACGCAUCCAUCCUUCAGGCACCCCGGACCAAGCUGAGUAGCAGCCAGUCAGUAACUACGUUCAACUUCACUCCUCUAGAAGUCUACGCAAGAAGUCUACAGCGUGAUCCCCAGCCACUGCCGGCGCCGUCUUCUGCUGGCCGGAUACGCCCUGGCUCCCCUAUCAACGACGUUCACUUUGUCGCACCACGAGGAGAAACCUCCAGCCGCCUCCAAGCCACCACUUGUGACGAGGCCGCAAACUUCACCGUCCUCCCCGCGUAUUCAUCGUCCACCGUCGCUCCCCUUCGACGCUCAACCCGAGGGAACAAGGAAAACAUCCUCAAGGCUCCAGGACCCCUCUUUCACUGCCUUCUCCCGCUUCUGGCAUGCCCUGCUAGUCAACUGGGCUCACCUAUCCCGUACCGUACACUACAGUACACGCACACCCCUCGCCCCGGCCGUAUCAAGGAGCACCACUACGCCGCUAUAACAGCCCCCAGUUACACAGCAAGCAAGUCAAGUCAGGAUGCACAUUCCGUCCCGGCGCAUUGGGAGUUCCAUCCUGAUUCAUCUUGCUGCCGCCGGACCUCUUUUGCUCAUUCGUUGAGACGUACGCUCGGUUCCCAAUUGGGUCUUUUGGGCCAUCCGGCCGAGUGGCCGUCCCCCGUCUCUUCAUCGGUCCCUCCAUGGCGGCAUUUUUUAUCUCUCAACCUACCGGCCCUUCAACCCAAACACCCGGCCGUCCAUCUUCCACGGCCGUGUUAUGCCACCGGCCUUCGUCUUUAUGCAGAUAUAUGCAACCUCCCAGCGUGGUCCAUGAAAGGGUCCAUGCCGUGCAUAGUAGCAGCUCCAGCAUCAAUAACUCGACAUGCUAGGCUAGGCACCUUGCCUCUGGAGUUUGCUAUCGCUCUCCCCGCAGCACAGGUACAGGUAUCGGCCCAGAAUGAAAUUUCGAGCGACACGGCAGCCAAUGCGUUCCCCAGUUUCCAUCUUGCGCUGCCGCCGUGUCUUGAGAGAGAGUUCGUCGGGGACGCUCCCCUGUCGCUUGUUACAGGAUCAAUAUCCACCUAUUCCACCCAUUUUAUCUUUCCCCCCCUUUCAUUGAACGCGUCGCCGUUUCCCCUUGUUGCUCGUCACUUGUCACCCAUCAGUGACUACCUUGACAGGCUUUGCGUGACAGGAUCCAUACUUGACUUUGCCGCCCCCAGUCUAUCCUGGCCACUUGUCUCGCUUGCUGAGAAGCUACGGAGCGUCUCCUUCUCCCUGCAUCAUGCUGCUGUCAAUGUCGCAUCUAUUCUAUCGUCUAUUUUGCUGAAAUUACUUGGGUUGGAUCCGUAUCGCUUUUCGUUCUCGCUCUCGCAACCUCCACAGGUCGUUCGAUUCCUACACAAUCCGCACACACCCGCGUAUACAUCCUUGCUAAAGACGCUCGGCGCUGGGCGGUGCUGGAACAUCCUCUCCUCAGGUCUCACUUAUUUUAUCACUGCCUUCUGGAUCAUCAACGUCAACAUCAGUCAUCAACUUCAGCCUUCGUUGUCGUUAUCGUCAUGGCGGAUCGACCCGCGUUUUCGCUUGACGAGCAAUACGAAAUAUCCGCAUCAUAGUCCCAUAGCCUCAUCCACAGUCAUAUCUCGUUUUUUCUACGAGUACUCCUCCUUCUCUGUACUUUGUACGACUUGCGAGGCAGCAAGAUGCCAAGAAGCAGCUAGGAGCCUUUCCGUGCCAAGGCACAAUCAAGUCGUAAAGCUUGUCUACGGAUACGGAACACAGUGGUUCUUCCCGUACCGCGUCCACUUUGCGCGUGGUGUCGUGUCGGCUGUCUGUCGGUCUAUCAAUUGCGACUAUCGAUGCAACCUCGUCCCUGAGAAGCAACUAGCAAUUGGUCGCGACAUGCGUCCAAAAGCUGGGAGAAGGGGAGUUUGCACUUUGCAGCAGGGCACGCUUUCGACGACAUGGUCGACACUAAACACCCCCUCCCCAGAGACAUAUCUCGUCGUCGCCGACAAGUCCAGUGAGCUCACACCUUUUGAUCUUUCCAGAACGACGACUCCCAGGUUCCAACACAGAGGACCCCCAACCGAGAACAUGGUCCGGCCUGUUGUCACCUGCGGCCUUGUGGCAUUCUUGCAGCUCUGCGGAUUUGCUCUCUUGUCGCCUCACCCGCCUGGCCACCCCUCCCUUUCCUUUGGUUUCUAUCGUGAAUCCAUCUGCUGUGCCUCAAAACGACGGCUGUCAAAUAUCCCGCACUCGCCCCCAGAUCGCUUUUUGCCGAGAACAGAAUACUGCGACUGGGACUACAUUCCACCUGUGACAAUCGUCACACGAGUGGCUCCUCCUUCCGUCCUCUCUAUUUCAUUGUUGAUCGUUGGCUUCACGAGGUCCAACCGGGCAGAGGGGCAAAGUGAGCAGGCCUCAACACAAACGGGGACCUUGUGCCGCUAA